AUGCGGCCCUGGAUGCAAAUGAGCGCUGUUUACGCUGUCUACGCCGUUGUCCCUGGCCUGCUUUGGCUGGAUGCCAGAGAGGGCCCAGUCAAACUACCAACUUACCAGUCCUCCUCCACGGCUCUCGAUAUCAUCCAAUCCACAGUUUUCAAGCCCAUUGCCGUUAGUGGCGCACUGUCCUUCAUCGUCUGGCUCGCGUCCUGGCACAGCUAUGCCAUCCUCUUUCCGCUUAGGCGAACCCGCUCGCUUGGAUACUCUGUCUAUCAACUGCUGCUACCAUUCCUUGCCGCUGCUUUGGUCGUAUCGGCGUUCUUGAUGGCAAUACCGGACGUGCUCAUGGUUCUUCAUGACGUAUGGGGAAAGUUGUGUAUUUUCACGAGGAAGGUGGAUACCGGAGAAGUCUACCAGACGGCUGUGCUCACCGCCGGGUAUGUCUCCUGCUUCUCAGCAAUCCUACAAGUUCUCAGCUUAUGCUACUCGGCACGACUCUUCAAACCAGAUUCUUGGACGAUCUUCGACUUCGAGGAUGAUUUCGACAUACCAGCUGUCACAAUCGACUCCGAACUCGCAAACCAGUUGCGGGAACUCCAUACUAAGGCGCUUAGAGAUCUGCAUAACCAAACCCCGCCCGUCAUCGAUGAAGUAGAAGAAGAGGAAGAAGAAGACAAAAAUAUCAGCUUCGUCGAGGCAGAGGAGCUCGCGAGGAAUGCGUGGGGAGAGGUUGUGAAGGUGACGGCGAGGAAAGUGGCGUAA